AUGCCGCCUGCAAGCUGUCGGACGAAGUGCCGUGUCAGUCAGGAUUCGUGCGGCGGGAGCAAAUUUUAUUCCGUAUAUGCCAAAGCCGUCUUCAACCAAUCGUACGUCGGUUGCUUCAAAAUUGUCGAAAUGGAUUACAAAGGAUAUCGCGUCAGCUUAGACGACUGCCUGGACUCUUGCCGCAAGAAAGGAUAUUCACUCUACAGCUCCCGAGUCGUGCCCACUGGAGCUACGGAGUGCAGAUGCGGAAACAAGUUUAUUCUGGCCAGUCAAGCUUACAAAGAUCAGUGUACUAUUGAAGAGUACAACUACAGUGUGGUUAAAACCAUUUAUUCCGAAGUAGACUUGUACGAGGACUUGAAAACUUUUAAAUACUGUUUGAAUGACUACCAGUCCUCUGGCGAAACUUACUGCUCGAAGUCGCAAACGUGCAUACAAGGCUGGAUGGGCGAAUUCUGCAAUUUCCGAAACUGCAAAGUAAGGAAUGGCCAGUGCAAAGGCAAUACCAUAUGCGUCGUCUCGCUGGUCAACAAGAUGAAUCACUCAGCUUGCCUUUGCCCGGAUGGAAUGGUCAGAAGCAAGGCAUACAACUGCGUCGUCUCAACGACAGGUGAGAACUUUCCGAUGAGACUCGCCUCCAUGGUAGUGGGCAUUAUUUUUGCCUUUCUCAUGCUUAGCCUUGGAGUCAUUUUUCUUAUAGCUAGGAAAUAUCUGAAACCAAAAGAGAUACAAGUGGGCGAUGUAUCCAAUGAGUUGUCUGCCAAAACUUCUCCUGUUUGA